AUGGUUUUCUUCUACGCAUUCCGCCCUCUAUGGCUCUGUGCCAGAGUGAUCCAAUUUGUGCAGAACGAAGAAGCUUGCCCUAAUCGACCCCCGCUCCAUACAUGGAUUGAAUUAGUGGAAGGACUGCAACAAUGGUAUCGUGAGCGACCAAGGGAAUUUCAACCCAUGCUGGAAUUAGAACUGGAUGAUCAGUUAACUGGACCAGAACGAAGUUUCCCGGUUGUUUUGUUUGCGAAUGCAGCAGGCUUGUUUGGCAACCAGCUGUAUCAUACGGCCAUGUUGAUCUUACUACAUAAUCGGCCUCGUACCGCGCGCAUUGGUUUCCACUCUGUUACCAUGUCUCCGUUGUGGAAUGCGCAGCGGAUAUGCAGUAUUGCUCUCCACAACGAUCGUCGGGAGUGCUGGGAUCCAUGUCUCCUGGCAUCCUUUCUGCUGGCAGCUCGUCGGAUGACACACGAGUCGCAACAACGUGAAAUUGUGCGUGGAUUCGACCGUAUCCGUACGGUGACAGGGUGGAACACAAACAACUGCUUGCAGAGCCUGCAAGCAGAGUGGUGCCUCGUUGAUGAGAUAUAG